CGCGUAUUCAUCGUGUUCCUCGCGCAUAGACAACGACAAGUAUGCAAGUAUUAACGGCUCGUAAACUCGCGAGAAAAAAGAAAGAGACCAAAAGAGACAUACAUGAAUUCACGAUAAUGGAGAACGGAACAUCCAUAGAAAUUGCCAAAGACCAAUUUGUUAAAUUAAUGAACAAUCUGACGGCUAAGCAGAAAGAGAAUUUAUUGUCUUUUGCUGUACAGAAAUAUUUCGGAGGAAAACCCGGUGAUGACGAAUCUGACGAAGGUUCGUACUGUCCGGACGACGUCAUGGAUGAUCCCGUAGCCCUUUUGAAUUCCAUAGCCAAGGAAAUAAGAGCAAAAGUUCCCAUGGACGCUGUUCUCCCAUCCGAGACAAUAACAGCACCCAAAAAAGGCCAAAAUUCAGACUGUGAUCCUAAAAUAACAAAGCACGUAGAUGCUUUUCUGUACAACGACGACGAGCUCGAAGAUCUUGUAAAGGAUGGAAAAUUGAGCAGGAAUUAUUGUCUCGACUGUGGCUCCACAAAUACAAAACCUCUGAUAUUUAUAUCGCAUUCCACAUCUCGGGAAGAGCUUUAUCACAUAUUCAACACUCUCCUACCGCCUUUGGAUGGAAAAAUCGUUGUUGACGUUGGCUCGCGACUCGGAGCUGUUCUGUACGGCGCUUACGCGUACACCGACGCGAAAAGAAUAAUCGGUGUCGAAAUGAACAAGGAAUUUUGUGACCUCCAGAACGAGAUAAUACGAAAGUACAAGAUGGAAAAUCGACUCGAAAUAAUAAACAGUCGCAUCGAGGAAGCAGCGGAAGUCGUUAAAUCAGCGGACGUUUUGAUACUGAACAACGUCUUCGAGUUUUACUUGUCAGAGUCGGAAGAGAAAGAGAUAUGGAAAUUCUUGCAUGCGAAUCUCAAGAGCGGGAGCUUCGUGGUGAGUCGUCCAGCGAUUUCGGAAACUUUUGCGACUCUCGAGACGGGAAUUCGGCUUGACGAGUGGCUCAAGGCCGAAGUUGUCCCAUCGAAUAACCACAACUCAUUUGGAAUUGAUCAGAACGACGACGAAAACGAAGAAAACUCAGAAAUAAGUUGCUACGUCGUUCUGUAAGCUUCGACGAUUCAAUAAAAAAACAAAUGACUUCGAGAGAAAA